AUGGCAAGCCUCACGGCGUAUCUGGCAGCGCUCUUCCUCCAGUUCUUGGUUGGCGCCAACGCCGGACAACUUUUGACGGCGGACCAAUGUCCUGAUGACCCUUCCAUCCCAUGCAUCGUCUUCCCUCCGGCAAAGAAUCAAACCUACAACUACAUAGACGCCAUCAUCGUCACGUAUACCUCACCAUGGGCACAGGGGGUGAAUCUCUCGCUCAAUUGUUGGCCGAGUCAGAACAAUGCGGACCGGUCGGGCGAAUUCGUCCACCUUAUUAAUGACAAUCUAUUUUGCUCUAAUUGUGCGUUUCAAUUUCUCUCUUUCGCGACCUCUGAACCCAUAUCUAAUGCAGGUCUAGGCGCCGGAAACGGCAGUCACAAGUUUGAGAAUCUCGGCGUUGCACUGAAUGGCUCAAUCACAUAUCCCACACGUUGUUGGUUUGCUCUGGGACCAUACAAAGCUGGGGACCUGCUUGAUGACCCAUAUCCUACGAGCACUGCUCUGGGAGCGAUGACCACAGUGAUAACCGGUGGAAACUUCACCUUGGUCAGGAACAUGAGGCAACCGGUGAGAACUCGACAGAUACGACCUCCGGUGUGGACAGGACUCAGCGGCGGAAUGCAACUCGGCAUCAUUGCUGGUCUUAGCCUCAUCUUGCUGGGGUCGCUCGUCGCGACGAUCAUGAUAGCGGUCAGGAAAGGCCGCUCGCUUGAGGAUCCGAUGAAUCCGGCAUAUCAGAGACUAUUUGUGGCAGAACGUCAUGGUGGUGUAUCCUACAGGGCUCUUGACGACCAAGCACCUGAUGCCGGCUGGGCAAGAACCGCUCAGGCUAAGGAGCUCCUGGAGGUUGGAGGGAGCAGUUCACAUCCGUUGCUAGGAAGCUCCAGCGGCCGGAGAUAUUGA